AUGGCGCUUAGCGAUGCAGAUGUUCAAAAACAGAUUAAACAUAUGAUGGCCUUUAUUGAGCAAGAGGCAAAUGAAAAAGCAGAAGAAAUAGAUGCUAAAGCUGAAGAAGAAUUCAAUAUUGAAAAGGGAAGAUUGGUCCAACAGCAAAGGCUCAAGAUCAUGGAAUACUAUGAAAAGAAAGAAAAACAAGUUGAAUUGCAAAAAAAAAUUCAAUCAUCCAACAUGUUAAAUCAAGCUCGUUUGAAAGUUUUAAAAGUUCGUGAAGAUCAUGUAAGAAAUGUUUUAGAUGAUGCUCGUCGUCAUUUGGGUGAAAUUACAAAAGAUGCUAAUCGUUAUGGAAAACUUCUUGAAAGUCUUAUUGUUCAAGCAUUGUUACAGCUUAUGGAACCUGCUGUUACUAUUAAAGUGAGACAACAAGAUGAAGCUCUUGUUUCGAGUAUUCUUCCAAAUUGCGUUUCUCAAUACAAAGAAAAAAUAAAAAAAGAUGUUACAUUGAAAAUAGAUAAAGAUAAUUGUUUACCAGCUGAUACCUGUGGUGGAAUUGAACUUCAAGCGCAAAGAGAUAGAAUUAAAAUAUCAAACACUUUGGAAUCAAGAUUAGAACUCAUAGCACAACAAUUACUUCCAGAAAUUCGUUCUGCUUUGUUUGGUCGCAAUCCAAACAGAAAAUUUGCAGAUUAA